GGGGGAGUCGUAAUUAAUACUUACGCAUAACAGGGAUCUCUGAGAUGGCGCAAUUUAAGGGACACAAUAAAAAGUGCGCCCCCCAGCACCAUCACUCCCACUCUCUGCUCGGUCAUGCUCAUCAUCUCCCCAUUUCUUCUUCCCUUUCUUAUUUCUCAAUAUUCCUUAAUUCCCAACCCCAAAACCCCAAAUUCUCUUUUUGACUGUGAAACGUUUUUUUUCUUUUUUUCAUUUUUUUGUGGGUUCAGUUUUGAAAGAAGAUAAAUUAGUAAAUUUUGCAAUUUGUUUAUGUACAACGUUUGUUUCCGUGUCCAAUUUCCGAUAUCUCAAAGCUUUGCAGAGUAGAGGGAAGAGAAGGAUUUUUUUUUUUUUUUUUUUAGAAUUAAAAUGCUGACAUGCAUAGCACGUUCGAAGCAACCCAGCGAUGAUUCAGUCGACGCUUCUCACAAAUUCAACAAUGACAAUUCCGCUAAUAAACAAUCCAUUAAAUCCCUCACUUCUCAGAUCAAGGAUAUGGCGUUGAAGGCUUCCGGGGCGUACCGGCAGUGCAACCCCUGUACGACGACGAAUCCUCAGCAGCCGAUGUUGAAGAGGAAUGGGAGUUGCGUGGAGUCCGACUCCGGGUUGUCGGCGUCGUCGGAUAGGUUCCGGUGGUCUUACAGGCGGACGGGGAGCUCGAAUUCUAGUUCUACGGCUGGGAGGAAGGAGUUGGAGGCCAGGCUUAAGGGAAUAUCGAGCGGGGAAGGAACUCCGGUAUCGGCGAGUGGCCGGCGAGUUGACCCGCCGGUGGUGUUCGUGGAAGAGAACGAGCCCAAAGAGUGGGUGGCUCAGGUGGAACCCGGCGUGUUAAUUACGUUUGUCUCCUUGCCACGUGGCGGGAAUGAUCUUAAGCGAAUACGAUUCAGUCGCGAAAUGUUCAAUAAAUGGCAAGCACAAAAGUGGUGGACAGAUAACUAUGAAAAGGUGAUGGAGCUCUACAAUGUGCAGAGGUUGAAUCGCCAAGCUUUUCCUCCUAAUACACCACCAAGAUCUGAAGAUGAGAGUUCAAAAAUUGAAUCUGUGGAGAACAGUCCAGUGACACCACCACUGAGUAGAGAACCGCUUCCGCGUACAUUUUGCCGUCCCGGGGGAAUGGGAUAUUCAUCAUCCGACACACAAUCGCUUCCAAACUAUGAUUCUUGUGGGGUUGCCUCAACUCCUAAGCUCUCAAGCAUAAGUGGCACAAAGACUGAGACAUCAUCCAUUAAUGAUGCAUCAUCUACCAUGAGGACCAGCUCAUCAAGGGAUGCCGAUCGAUCGGGAGAUAUAUCUAUCAGCAAUGCCAGUGACCUAGAAACAGAAUGGGUUGAACAGGAUGAACCAGGAGUUUACAUCACUAUCAGAGCCCUACCAGAUGGAAGAAGAGAGCUCAGACGCGUCAGAUUCAGGUUUUAAAUAUUGCAUCUUUACUAAUACUGCCAUCAUACUACUGGUUUCAAAUUUGAUGCAUUACUUCACUUCCAUGAUUCCGUCAGAAAAGAAAUAAAAUUUCCACUGCAACCGAUGUUGGCAAGGUAAAGUUAGGCCUUAACAACAGAUCAACUCUGAGAAAUACUCAUUCAUUUUCCUAAUAGUAAGAUUGUGAUAUUAUUAACCUCAGUUAACUGAUUUCAUUGUUUGGACUGGAGCCCUUUUUUAAACUGGUGUUUAAUUUGUAUUUCCACCUGAUUUGCAUGUAUCAAAACGCCAGCCGGGAGAAGUUUGGGGAGGUGCAUGCCAGGCUAUGGUGGGAGGAGAACAGAGCCAGGAUACAUAAACAGUACUUAUGAAUUAAUACAAGUUUUGGAAUAUUUGAUUGAUUGAAGAAUGAAGAGAGGAGAAAUCCUGCCAAGACAAGAGUACAAUCUCUGCCUAGCAACAAAGGGCUCCCCCCAUUCUAGUUCGUCCAGAGCUAUAUUAUAUAUGUAUGUACAACCUUGUGGUUGUGAGGCAUUAUAAUUUUGUCUAUUGUUAAGGCUGUUGUUAAUGUUUAUAUACCAUCUGAAUACUGUGAUGGAUGAAAUAGGCAAAUGCAUCUAUAUUUUGUCCACUAAUUGUGGGUAUAUGGCAUUUGGGAUUGGGAGAAAAUUGAUUUUGAAAUCCUCAGAAGAUUAUGAUAUUGUUGGUAAAA